AUGAUAGCAGUAGAAAGAAAGGAUGAACCACCACCACCUUCCCUACCUUCAUCAUCUCCUCCUGUACAACCUACAGUAUCACCAAAAGUUGAAACUUCACAACCACCAGCAGCUAUUCAACCACAACUAUCACCAACUGUACAAUCAUCAGAAUCUAAAUCACCAGAUAACACCACACCAUCACCCUCUAUAGAUGCUACAGAUAUUAAGAUGAGUCCAAAGACUGUUUUAGCUCAUAGAAAAUCAGGAAGUGUUGACAGCACGUCAUCAUCAGACCAUUUCACCUCAAGUGACCUUAGAGUGAUGCCAUCACCACCAUCCUCACCGCGUACAAUGUCACCAGGAUUAUCAAUGUCACCUGGUAUGUCACCAUUAGCCUCACCAAGUUUAAUGAGAGGAUCAUGGUUAAGUGGUAUUGAUAUUAUACCACAAACAUAUGAAAAAACAAUCAAGGUGAAGAAAGGAAAUGACCAAUUAGGAAUUACUGUAGAAUCUGUAGAUAAAGGUGCUAAUGGAACUAUUAUAAGGAAUGUAACCAAAGGUAGCGCUGUGGCAAAAGAUGGCCGUCUUAUACCUGGUGAUUAUAUUGUUUCAAUAAACAACGAAAGUAUGAGAAAAAUAACUAAUGCUCAAGCUCGAGCUAUAUUACGGAGGGCAUCAUUACUCAGCACUGACAUCAGUGUAACUUACAUAUCAGGACCAGAUGCAGCGAAUCAUCGUGAAACCAUGAGUAACCAGGGUGCAACAUCUAGUCCUUCUCAUCAUUCCAGUAUGCCUUCUCCAAAUCCAUCAUUAUCACCAUCAUCAGCUAUGCUUGUGUCUUCCCCUCCCUCCUCCCCAUUAAAGGUUGUGUCUACUUCAACAUCAUCACCAACACAAAUUUCAACAACUGAUGUUAUAUUAGAUGAUUUAAACCAACAGAUAUCACCCCGACAAAAAUCAUUAAAAGCAGAUGGAUCACCCGCAGUACAAGCGUGGGGUUCACCAAGAUCUGUAGAAUUAAUAAGGGAACCUGGUAAAAGUCUUGGAAUCAGUAUUGUUGGUGGUCGAGUGGAUAUGUUUAAUUUAUUAGAAGAUCAUACAAUAUCUGGUAUCUUUAUAAAACAUGUACUGGAAGAUAGUCCUGCUGGCAGGAAUGGUACUUUAAAAACAGGCGAUAGAAUUCUAGAGGUGAAUGGAGAAGAUGUACGCAAUUCAACACACGAUGAAGCAGUAGAAGUAAUACGCCAUGCCACCUCACCAGUAACCUUUGUAGUUCAAAGUCUUUCUGAUUCUGCUUGUCCUGGUGAUUUAGAAGCAGCAGAAAUCAAAUCUGUUCAUUCCUUUGAAGAAAGUCAUCAAAGUGUCAGUGCUACCAGUAGUACAACUCAAGCUCAAUCUACCCAGAAACCUUCAGUGAUAGAAGCUACAACAAUAGUCUCUUCAACAUCAGUACCCAUAUCAUCAACAACACCACAAGAACCAUCAACAUCUAAAGAACAACAACCAUCAACAUCUAAACAACCUGUAGAAGCAGAAACUUAUAGUGGUGAAGAAGAUGAGUUUGGUUAUUCUGAAACUUUUAUUUUUGAUAUAGCACCUACAGUUAGGAUCUAA